AUGUGGCUACAAUGCUUGGCUGCGACGUUGCUAAUAGCCGCGGCCGCGUCCCGCGAGGUCUUUACCAACACGUUCCUGGUGCGUUUCAAGAGGUCUGUGGCACACGACGAGGCCCACAGGUUGGCGCUUCGCCACGGUUUCGACAGCCUCGGGCCGGUACUAAGUUCUGACACAGACUGGCAGUUUGCCCAUCGGGGGCUGCCGCACGCACGCCCACGCCGCUCCAUCGCACACACGCGUAUUCUCAAACAACACCCUCUUGUACACUCAGCCAUCCAGCAAACGGGCUUUAAAAGAGUGAAGAGGGGUUUCCGACCAGUAUUUUAUACAUCACCCGCGCCGGCCCCGACGCUGCCUCCAUUAGCCGAACCUCGUGAUCCCUACUUCCCCUUACAAUGGUACCUGAAGAAUACAGGUCAAAAUGGGGGCAAACCCAAGCUGGAUCUGAAUGUAGAGGCUGCCUGGGCCCAGGGUUAUACUGGAGUUAACGUCACAACGGCGAUAAUGGAUGAUGGUGUCGACUACAUGCAUCCAGAUCUGAAGUAUAAUUAUAACGCAGAGGCUUCGUAUGACUUCAGUAGCAACGACCCGUUUCCAUAUCCAAGAUAUACUGACGACUGGUUCAAUAGCCACGGGACGAGAUGCGCGGGUGAAGUGGCUGCAGCGAGAGACAAUGGAGUAUGCGGCGUGGGCGUUGCUUACCACUCUAAAGUUGCCGGUAUCAGGAUGUUGGAUCAGCCCUACAUGACUGAUUUGAUCGAGGCAAACUCCAUGGGCCACGAACCUCACAAGAUCCACAUAUACAGUGCUUCAUGGGGUCCUACCGAUGACGGCAGGACGGUUGAUGGACCAAGGAAUGCUACCAUGCGAGCUAUUGUUAGGGGAGUUAAUGAGGGACGCAAUGGUCUUGGAAAUAUCUACGUGUGGGCGAGCGGUGACGGUGGUGAAGAUGAUGACUGUAACUGUGAUGGGUAUGCCGCAUCUAUGUGGACAGUGUCCAUCAACAGUGCCAUCAAUGACGGCCAGAACGCACACUACGAUGAGUCCUGCUCCUCAACACUAGCCAGUACCUUUAGUAAUGGAGCCAGGGAACCCAGCACAGGGGUGGCAACAACGGAUUUGUAUGGAAAAUGUACUGCAACACACUCCGGAACAUCGGCCGCGGCACCUGAGGCAGCUGGCGUAUUUGCCUUAGCAUUACACGCUAACCCUAGUUUGACAUGGAGAGAUAUACAGCACUUGACAGUGCUAACAUCAAAAAGAAAUUCCUUAUACGAUGCUAAGGGUCGGUUUCACUGGACAAUGAAUGGCGUGGGUCUGGAGUUCAAUCAUCUGUUUGGAUUCGGUGUGCUGGACGCAGGUGCGAUGACGGCUUUAGCGGCUAAAUGGCAUACAGUGCCACCACGGUACCACUGUGAAGCUGGAUCGGUUACUACUCAUACAGAAGUUCCCUCAGAAGGUACUCUAACGUUACGAAUCGAGACAACAGCGUGUGCCGGCACGCCUAGCGAAGUUCGUUACUUAGAACACGUGCAAGCAGUGGUCAGCGCCAACGCGAGUAGACGGGGAGAUCUAGAACUGUUCCUCACCAGUCCAAUGGGCACUAAGUCGAUGAUACUCAGCCGGAGGGCAAAUGACGACGAUUCCAGGGACGGUUUUACCAAAUGGCCAUUCAUGACUACGCACACGUGGGGAGAGUCUCCACAGGGCACAUGGACCUUAGAGGCCCGCUACAACGGCGGCAACAACCCGUCCGACUGGUCCGGCUUCUUCCGCGGCUGGUCGCUGGUGCUGCACGGCACGCGCACCCCGCCCUACGCGGGACUGCAGCCGCAGGACCCGCACUCCAAGCUCGCCGUCGUGAAGAAAGCGCACGAGGAAGGCUUAAGCGAUUAA